GACCCAAUCAGAAUCCGACCAGCAACUUUCAAAUCCGCAGUGACGCCGCGCCGCAGCCUCGGGCUGAUGUAGUUAGUUAGUUAGCGUUAGCUUUAGCUGUAGAUUCGGCUCUGUGAGGGGGACCGAUUUCUUGUAAGAUGGAAAGUGUUCACAGGGACAGGUGUGAGGAUGGUGGCAGUCGACUCGGAGUGUCCACCAUCCAGAAGCAGAUGUCGACCAGCCAGUUCCUCAUUUCACAAAGCCCGUGUCCCAAAUCCCCUCUUCAUAAAAUUGGCGAUGAAUCGUUUCCGUACAUGUCUGGAAUCUUUGAUGAUACCAUAGAUCCAUCCUUUACUUCAGAUCAUCCUGAUCGCUCACAAUUCAAAACUCUAAAAGGUCAAGCUGAUGUCAUUUCCGGAUUAAGAAGCCAAAACAAGGCAGCUUAUAACUGCUUGGUUUCUGGUAAGAUAGAAAGUGUUCACGGGGAAAAGUGUGAGGAAGGUGACAGUCGACUUGGAGUGUCCACCAUCCAGAGGCAGAUGUCGACCAGCCAGCUCCUCAUUUCACAAAGCCUGUGUCCCAAUUCUCCUCUUCAUAAAAUUAGUGAUGAAACGUUUCCAUACAUGUCUGGAAUCUUUGAUGAUACCAUAGAUCUUACUGCAGAUCAACCUGAUCGCUCACAAUUCAAAAACCUCAAAGGUCAAGCUGAUGUCAUUUCCGGGUUAAGAAGCCAAAACAAGGCAGCGUAUAACGGCUUGGUGAGUACACCAAUGGAGCACUGCCAUUCAAUAGAUUUUAGCAUGUCCGUUACAUCUCCACCAGAUAACCAUGUUAGUGAUGUGAUUGAAACCAAUCCAGUAGAAGCUACACAGGAUAUUAGCUCACAUCUUCCAGAGCCUGCUAAGUGUUCACAGAGUCUUGGAUUGAAUUCCUCAAAUGAUUCCAAUGAGAGUCCUGGAUUGAAUGCCACAAAAGAUACCAAUGAGAAUCCUGUAUGGAAUUCUGUAAGACAUUUUACAAAGACCUCUGGAUUGAAUGCCACAAAAGAUCUUCAAGGGAACCCUGGAUUGAAUGCCACUAAAGAUCAAGAGAGCCCUGGAUUGAAUGCCGCUAAAGGUCAAGAGAGCCCUGGAUUGAAUGCCACUAAAGAUCAAGAGAGCCCUGGAUUGAAUGCCACCAAAGAUCAAGAGAGCCCUGGAUUGAAUGCCACUAAAGAUCAAGAGAGCCCUGAAUUGGAUGCCACUAAAGCUAGAGAGAACCCUGGAUUGAAUGCCACAAAUGAUCUUGAUGAGAAUCCAGGAUUGAAUUUUGCAAAAGAUCUUACAGAGAACCCUGGGACGAACUCAACAAAAGUUAAUGAGAAUCCAGGUUUGAAUUACACAAAAGAUCUUGAUGAGAAUUCCAGAUUGAAUUGCACAAAAAGUCUUGAAAAGAGUCCUGGAUUGAAUUCUACAAAGGAUCUCAGUGAGAACCCUGUAUUAAAUUCCACAAAAGAUCUUAGUGGGAACCCUGGUUUGAAUUCCACAAAGGAUCUUUGUGAGAAGUCUGGGAUGAAUUCCACAAUAUCUGAUCCAUGUGAAGGAGCAAAGUCUAACACUACUUUUGAAAAGAGCCCAGGACAGGGAGGAAGGUCCACUCCUGGAAGUAGUUCUUCUGUUUCAGCUGUUGAUGGCACACUGGAAGUUGUAAAUGAAAAGCACUUGAACUCAACUGUUGAUGUUUGUGGACCUGCAAACACUACCACAGAGCAGCCCAGUGAGAAGCCUGAUUGCAGUGCAGAUAUUGGUCCGUCUCAGACGAGUGUUCCGAAGAAACUGAGGAGCAGUGAAGGUCUUGCUUCUGGUGAGGAUUGUGAGAAGCAUGGCACUUUUACGAAGCCCACAGAGGAGACCAGGGGUGAGCUAACUGUUGAUGUGGAGCAGAGUGUUAGGGCAGCAUCUCUACAUGUCUCUCCUGAAUCUGGUGAGACACGUUCUGCUAAUUCACAUCCAGUUGAUGGGACCUUUAUUAAACAUGAUGUAACCACUGAUGUCACGACUGAUGUCUUACCUGUGGAGCCACAUCCCAGCUUGAAAAAUGCCAAAGUGAAUACCACUGUGAAUGUGACUAAGCCCUCUGAUGCAGCAGAAAUACAGGCACCAUCUGAUACUAAUGCUAAUGUAGAUGCUGAUGCUGAGGGUACUGAUGCUGGUGGUUGUGGUGUAGCUGUAACUCCCACACCUACCCCUGAACCUUCAGAGCAGUGCUGUGCCAACACAGUUCCUGUCGAUGUUCCACUGAACUCUGAGGUGCCAGUUUGCUCCAACAGAACUCCAGGCUUUCCUGAGGCUGUGGAUGAGGCUGAGGAAAAAGAAGAGGAGCCUCAGGAAUCUCGCAGAAGAAAGAAUGGGUUUUAUGAACAGGAUUCCUGCCUCAGCUUGGACAUCAGCCACAGCAGCAUUUUCUCUUUAGAUGAUCCCCUCGAGAGGACAUCACGCGUCCUCAUUACGUCCACUCCGAUCGUCCUGGGCCGUGGCUUCGACAGACUGAGGUGUGCAAAGCCCAUGGAAAUGCAGAAAAGACUUUCUGUAAUUAACAGUAUUGAUGCACACUCCAAUAACGACCUAGCUGGUGUCAGUGGAUCAGACGCCACAGCGACCAAUCCAUCAUCCAUCAAAUCUGAGACUUGCAGUGAGACACAGAAGAGUUCUGCAAAAUGCACAACCACCAACUCCUCUACCUCUGAAUCAGCUGUUGCAAUCAAACCUCCUAAAAUGACUCUCAGAAGGAGAAUUCCUCAACCCGGGAAUUUUGCCGGUAAAUCCGGUAUUCCUAGUAAAUCCCAGAUUCCUGCAAGACCUCCUACCUUACAAGGAGCAUCAUCAGUGGUGGGUAAAGCAAAAACUGUGCCUGCAGCUCCAUCUGCAGCUGCCCCAAGUCAGCCGGAGACAUCCUCCUCCGCUCUGCACGGUGUGAAGAGGACAGUUCAGCUUAAUAAGGGGAAAAAACUGGCACCGGUUAAGACCAUCACCACAACAACAGCUAAAAACAUAAAGACAUCAUAUGUGGCUGCUUCAACCAGUGCUUGUACUUCAACUACAGGUACCAAGCCUUCACAAACAAUGGCACCGCCUAAAUCAUCUGAACUGCAGCCUCCUGGCCGAGGGAGGUUCGGUCUUAAGCCGCCUGGAAUCGCCGUCUUCUCAGCAGAGGCCAGUCAUCCUCAGACUCAUAACAAACCAACCGGCUUACCAGGUAUGAGAACAAGGAGUUCACUGCUUCCAGCUUUUGCCCAGAAGCAUGCAAGCAGUGAAGCCUUGCCCUUGGCUAAAAGAAAAAGAACUGAUGUGCAGGACCAGCUCUCCAGUGCUGAACCAACCAGCUCAAAGCCAGAUGAAGGUGCUCAGGGCAGAGUUCCCAAAAACAUAAAACCAAAGAAGGCCAGCCAGAACUGUAACACAUGUACAGUACUUAAAGAAAAGCUAAACACAUUCCACCAGGAAAUAGGGGCCUUUAUCCAAGAACUUGAGAAAAGACCUGCAGGUUGUAAUUCGUCAGCAAAUUGGUUACCAUUUCAAUCAAAGUUUGAGACGUGUUUACAGGAAUUUAAAAGAUUACAUUCAGAACAUCAGUGAACCUGGGCUGACCUACAAAAAGGUUUUAUUUGUUGUGGAUAUUAAUGUUUAAUAUUGUUGAUAAAAUGCAGUUUAAAAAAUUGUAAAUAAAAUGUUGUUCAUGUUGUAAUUGAGCAAUUGCAUGUUUUAAUAAGCAACUAAAGAGCUUAAAAGCAGAUUUUAGAGAUUCCCUUCUGCAGGGGUUUUCUAGGAAAUUUUUGCAAAAAUGCAAGAGUCGCAUAACCUACUGUGAGUCUGGAAGUAUAUUCAUUAGAUACUUGUGUUGCCAUGUGUUAUGCAAACGUACAUCAGAAGUGCUGCUCAGUGUAAUAAUAAUUAUUAUUAUAUAAUACCUGAUCUUGCUAGAGAAUUUGUGUAGUAGUAAUUUAAAUAACUACAAAUUAUCACUGUUUUUGUUUGUUUGUUUCUGUUCAACUAUAGACUGCUGAUAUUUUUUCAUACAUAUCUACGUAUAGUAUGAUUGGCAUGUUGGCACAAAGUCUGUAUGUUAUGACUCUUUAUUUUACUGUUCAACUGUAAGUCCCUGACUGUUUUGUGCUAAACAUGAAGUGAGAUAUAAUUUGCUAUUAAGAUAUAAUUGCUAAUUAGUAAAUAAAAAAAUACCUAGUUUAAAGAUUGAAUCUAGUUUUAGACUAAACUGGAGGACCAUUUGCUUGUCUAAUCUUAGGCUAAAGCAGGUCUCAGGAGACUGGUGUGGAUCUGUUUAAAGGUUUUCUUUGCUCUUGAAUUGUCACUUUAAAGUUUUCAGUUUUUGUUUGGACUAAUGUUAUGCUAAUUUAAGGUGUUUUAACUGGUUUCACUUGAAUUAAAGAUUCACUAAGUGAUAUA